AUGCAGCGACCCAAGGUGUGGAUCCCCCGGCGAUCCUCUCAGUCACAAGAGCAGGGCAUGGUCGAGCCCGACAGGGUGACCGACGCUGCUGCUGAUGCUCAGCUCAUCUCCAAUAUGGGCGGCAGGGCGAGUGCGAGGGAGAGGCCCCCCCCUCAAGACAGCAAACUUGCGCAGCGGUCGGUGUUCCUGGGCAACACAGGAGACUUACAAGAAUGGGAGCUAUGGGUGAACAUCGAACGGCUCUGCGGCGAGAUUGAUGACCUGGUGGUGAUCCGCGACCAAGUGACCGAUGAGCCGAAGGGAUACGCGUUUGUCAUGUUUGCGAGCAGCGCGCAGGCGAUGAAGUGCAUCAGCCAUGGGCCCAUGCGCAUCAGGGAGCAGAUCGUCUUCUCCAAGAUGGCGGAUCGAGAGUUUUCUAAGGUGAGGAACACGCAGACGGGCAAGACAAACAAGGUCUUCCUCGGGGGAACAAGACAGCUCAUCGCGUCGGAAUUGCUUCCCGUCCUCAGAAGAUUCGGGGAGGUUGUGUCGUGCGACGUUAUCAAGAGGCAAGACAACAUCCUUUACAGCGCCGGGUUCGCCUUCGUGACUUACGCGACCCCACAAGAAGCUCGACGUAUCGUGAACCGAGGAUUCAUCGUCGUCAAGAAAGUCCGCAUCGAAGUCAGAUAUGCUGCAGAGGAAUCGAAGAACCUGGUGUCGAACAAGGUUACCCUGGCCGAAGUCAAUCAGCUUAUCAGGGACCUCGUCUACGAGAUCGAGAGGGUCAGCGAGUUCGCUCCGGGAGGAUACCUCAACGCGACAGCGGGGGAUUCUCUUCCUCCCGACGAUGAUGCCUCCAUUUCUUGCAAGGAGAACCAGGUUUUCGACUGUUUGUGCGAGCGGGCUCGACAGGCUUCUAUCAACGGAGAGUUGGACCUGCUUAAGAGCGUCGUCGCCAAGGGUGCUGACGUCUGCGCUCCUCCAAGAGCCCGUGCUCAGCUCCCCCCCAACCUUCCUCUCCCCCCCGACAUCUCCUACGACCCGUACGCUCCUCGUUGCCUCUUCUUCGCCUCCUCUCGAGGGCAUGCGGAGAUCUGCCGCUUCCUCCUCUCCGUCAACAGCAGCGACGUAGACGCGGUAUCGAGUGGAGGAGAGCUGCAUCCUCAUUGCUUCUACCUCGUCAACUACACUCCCCUCAAGGCGGCGGCUGAGAAUGGGCAUGCGGAAGUUGUCAGCCUCCUUCUGGCAAGAAUCGACUCUUGCUCUGCUCCUGCCCCCGCACUCUCUCCCUCGUUGAGUGUGGCCUGCAGGAGCAUGGUGCAAACGUCGUGCGGCUGCUCUGCAGGGCAGGGGCGGAAGUGGACGCACAGAACGAAGAAGGCAGGAAACUCUCCCCUCUACCUCGCUGUGAAGGCCAAGGCGUGGGAGGCAGUGCGGGUCCUGAUCGAGGAGUUCGGAGCCGAUCCGAACCUCAAGAAUCGGAAGGGCAAGACAGCAGCCAAGGCGAUCUUACGAGCCAGAGAAUCCGGCAGGCCGGAAUGA